AAAAACAAAAAUAAAAAGCAUUUGCUUGGUCCGAUGGCUAUUGCCAAACAGACCCCCUGUCUUCCUCUCUCUACAACGGCACGCCUCGUCGUCUCUGUAUUUCCGACUCUUGAAUACAUUGAAGACAGAAUAUUCUGAAGUUCAAUGGAAAAAUUCUAGUAGGUGCUUGGUUUCUUUGUUUUCAGUUGAAUAUGGAUCUUGACUUGAUGAAAAGGGGCUUGCAUUAUACUAAGGAAAAGAAGAAGUGGUUAAUCAUAUUGGGGUUGGUUGGUUUCUCGAGUUAUGGGGCUUAUAAAGUGUAUCACUUGCCUGGUGUUGCCAAGAAAAGGAGGAGACUUUUGAAGUUAUUGGAAGCUUUGUUUGCAGUUGCUGAAAUGGUAUCCAAAUCCUCGGAUACCAUCAGUAUUGUGUGCAAGGAUUUUAAGGAGUUCUUGCAGUCUGAUUCUGAUGAAAUUCCCACUAGCUUGAAGCAGCUAUCAAAAAUUGCUCGAUCUGAUCAGCUUUCCGGGUCAUUGACUAAGGUUAGCGAGGCUAUUGCAAUUGGGGUUUUAAGGGCUUAUAGGUCUGAAAACAGGGGUGAGACUGAGGAAGUUGGCAAAUCUGAUUUUUCAGAUAGGUUUAUGGAUAAAUUGACGUCCAGUGCCGGGACUGGAUUUGUUUCGGUUGUUGUUGGCAGUUUCGCAAGGAAUUUGGUUAUGGGGUUUCACUCGAAUGGUGAAUUAAAUCAAGGAUUGAAUGGAGAUGGGCAUAAUGGUAUGUUGAACGUGAAUUCGAGUUCACUGUCAACGCCUGGGUGGGUAAAUGUGGUUUGUGAUGAUAGAUGUAAGGUCCUUAUAGCUGAUUGUAUAAAAACUUUCGUGAGCACUGCUGUUGCUGUGUAUCUUGAUAAAACAAUGGACAUCAACAUUUGUGAUGAACUUUUCUCUGGUUUGACUAAUCCUAAGCAUCAGAAUCAAGUUGGAGACAUUCUGGUUUCAGUCUUUAAUGGGGCUGUGGAAACAUUUGUUAAGACAUCUCACCAGGUGCUGACAGCUUCAAAACCUGAUCUUGGGUCGAAUUCAAAUUCUUCUUGUUCCCCAGUUGAUCAGAAUGAAGCAGCUAGUUUGGGAAGCAGUAAACUUCAGGACCAAGAAGUGGCAUUGAGUAAGAUUCAAGAAGGAAGCAGAUCUAUCAACACUCAGAAUAAUGGAUGGGUGAGCAGUGUUUCAUCAACCUUGGCAGUGCCAAGCAAUAGGAAAUUCGUUCUCGAUGUGACUGGAAGGGUGACAUUUGAAACCAUCAGAUCGCUUGUGGAGUUUUUCUUUUGGAAGAUUUCAGAGGUGCUAAAGAGAAGCUUUGCUGUAAUCCGUGAAGACAUUAUUGAUCGCGGAUUGGAAGUCAUCAGAUAUGUUGGUGCUAAGUCAGCUGUUAUUCUUACCAUAUGCCUUGCAUUGCUCUUGCAUGUGUUGGGCAGUGGUCGUGUUCUGUUGCCUGCAUAAAUGAAUUGGUCUCUUUCUUUUGUAACGUGUAAAAAUAGUUAGAACACAGAUCGACAAGCAUCUUGGUAUCCAAGUUAGUUGAAUAUACUAAUUAAUGAAUGAUAGGUUCUCAAAAUGCAAACAGUAUCGGUUCAUUGUUGAACUUAAUGAAGAUGAGAAUCUAGUUCAUCUAUGAAUUUUUGUACCAGUGGAAUAUAUUUAUGUAGCUAUGAAUAUAAUACAAUUAAAUGCAAAAUUCUCUUUUAUUUUUGAGA